CCUACUCCGCCUCCCGAGCCGGCUCUUCUGCGGGCGGCUAGCGCGCGGGGAGCCUGAGGGGCUCGCGCGUUGGACCAGUUAGUUGGCUGUUCGGAGGCUGCGAAGCCGGCUCCCGCACCCAGGUGCAGAUAGGCCGGCGGCAGAGAGGGCUUGUCUCGCGCCCUCUACCCAGUUCCAGGAGUAAACGGCGCUCGGAGUGGCCAUGACCGCCGAGGAGAUGAAGACGGCCGAGAGUGGGGUGCAGCCGGCGACCCUCGGAAUCGAGGGAGUGGACAUCAGCCCCAAGCAGGAUGAAGGCGUGCUGAAGGUCAUCAAGCGAGAGGGCAUGGGCACAGAGAUGCCCAUGACUGGGGACCGAGUCUUUGUUCACUACACUGGCUGGUUGUUAGAUGGCACCAAGUUUGACUCCAGUCUGGACCGCAAAGACAAAUUCUCCUUUGAUCUGGGAAAAGGGGAGGUCAUCAAGGCUUGGGACAUUGCUGUAGCAACCAUGAAGGUGGGAGAAGUAUGCCGCAUCACCUGCAAGCCAGAAUAUGCCUACGGUUUGGCAGGCAGCCCUCCAAAAAUCCCUUCCAAUGCCACGCUUGUGUUUGAGGUAGAGUUGUGCGAGUUCAAGGGAGAGGACCUAACAGAGGAAGAAGACGGGGGAAUCAUCCGGAGAAUACAGACUCGGGGCGAAGGCUAUGCCAGGCCCAAUGAGGGUGCUGUGGUGGAGGUCGCACUGGAAGGGUACUACAAGGACCAGAUUUUUGACCAGCGGGAGCUCCACUUUGAGAUUGGCGAGGGGGAGAGUCUGGAUCUGCCUAGUGGGCUGGAGAAAGCCAUUCAGCACAUGGAAAAAGGAGAACAUUCCAUUGUGUACCUCAAGCCCAGUUAUGCUUUCGGCAGUGUUGGGAAGGAAAAGUUCCAAAUCCCACCAAACGCUGACCUGAAAUAUGAAAUCCGCCUCCAGAGUUUUGAGAAGGCCAAGGAGUCUUGGGAGAUGAAUUCAGAGGAGAAGCUGGAACAGAGCUGCAUAGUGAAAGAGCGGGGCACUGUGUACUUCAAGGAAGGCAAGUAUAAGCAAGCUUUACUGCAAUACAAGAAGAUCGUGUCCUGGUUGGAAUACGAGUCAAGUUUCUCUGAUGAGGACGCACAGAAAGCACGGGCCCUUCGGCUAGCUUCUCAUCUCAACUUGGCCAUGUGUCAUCUGAAACUACAGGCCUUCUCAGCUGCCAUUGAGAGCUGUAACAAGGCACUGGAGCUGGACAGCGACAAUGAGAAGGGCCUUUUCCGCCGGGGAGAGGCCCACCUGGCAGUGAAUGACUGUGACUUGGCACGGGCUGACUUCCAGAAGGUCCUGCAGCUCUACCCCAGCAACAAAGCUGCCAAGGCCCAGCUGGCUGUUUGCCAGCAGCGGAUCCGCAAGCAGCUUGCACGGGAGAAGAAGCUCUAUGCCAAUAUGUUUGAGAGGCUGGCUGAGGAGGAGGGUAAGGCCAAGGCAGCAGGGGACCAUGCUGAUGCAGAGAUGAAGGAUGAGCAGAAGGAUGUGGCAGGGAGCCAGCCUCAGGUGGAAACAGAAGCAUAGCCUCUCCCCAGCCCUAUUCCUGCAGGUGCCUGCUUCCCCUGCUCCCUGCUCUGCUUCACCCUGUUUGUUUUGUAAAAAACUGAAGAGUUUUGAGUGAAUUAGACCUUUAUUUUUCUAUCUGGUUGGAUGGUGGCUUUGGGGGAAGGGGGAAAGGAGUAGGCUGGGGGAUUGAGGUAGGGGAUCAUUUUAGGUGUUUUACCCCUUCUUCCCCUCCCCCUUCCUCCAUUACACAUGAACGAAUGUCCAUCCACACACACACUCAAGGAUUUUAAUUUAUUUUGCUUCCUCUUUUUGCUUUGUCAAUUUGUCGAAUGGUAGAAGGGGGUUAGUGGUAUGGAUGUGGGUCAGAUGUGAAACCAGGGUGUAGAGGGACACUUCCUGGGCAGCCAUUUUCCUUCUCCCUGUCCAUUUCGAAACAUGUGGCCUCCAUGUGGGUGCUAGGGGCAUGGGAAAAACCACUGUUGUGCCCAUUACCUCUCUCUGUUCCCUUCCUCGCUCUGAUGGUGUGGUUGAUGUCUUCUGGUGUCAUGGUGACCACCCCCUUUAUCCCCUCCCAGUAUUUCCUCUCAGACCUGUUUGCCUUCUCAGCCAGGUCAUGUCCCCCCACCCCUCCUCACCACCUCAGCCUCUUUGCACAUUGCUGAAGGUCAAGGCCCAUCUCAAGUUCUGCACUUGAGCAAUAAAGUGGAAACAAUAAAACCUG